AUGGAAAACGGCGCACGCUCUGCGAGGAAUGAGCUCUUCCAACAGGUAUCUAGGCCAUCUCUUCUUUAUCGGGAAACCCCGCUGAUAGUCACACAGCUCAAACCUAGGUGUGUUGAGCUCAGCCAGCUAGUACUGCGAGACGACGGUAGCGCAACCAGUGCCAAAGCCCUGAUAAAAGCCGCAGCCCAGCUUCUCGUAAUCCUCGAAGAAAAGUGCCAGCGGACGGACGGCGUGUUCGACGGGAAAUUGGCAGACUACGUCUUCUUCCCGCUCUCUCAGAUCCUUCAGCGCAAGAAGACCUAUACCGACCGGCUGUCCGAAGUCACAAUAAGAUGCACGAGGGUGCUGCUCGAAUACGGGUGGAGAGACUCGGUCGCCCUGGACCUUGCGAAGCAGCUCCUCAUUCUCCUCACCUUCGUCGCCGGCGGGGUGCCUGGGAAAGAGGUUUCUGCGCGCCCGCCGGAGGAGCUGCUGAUUGAGGCGUUCGGAGCUCUCGCCGCGCUCUUCCGGGAUGUGGCACAUACGCCGGGGGGUCCAGCAUCUAUGGUCGAUUCCGGUACUAUACCUGCCUUGGGACACUGUGUCACGGUGAUCCUGGAUGGGGUUACAGAUGGGCCAUCGGCGGCGGCACAGCUCCAGGCUCUGCAAGCUCUGCAUGCUAUCUGGCGCUGCGUCAAGGAUCCCCAAGCUCUUUCUAACUUCCUACCCGGGACGGUUUCUGCGCUGACCAAGUUCCUCAUGCCCGGGACUGCGACUCGGAGGUCGCGCAAGGCUCUGGUCAAGGCGCUAGAGGUCCUUACACAUGUUCUCGUUUCUACCUUGAGCGAUCUCCGAACGCGAAAUAUCAGGAGCGAGAGAAUAUUAGAAGAAGACAAAAGGAACAGUGAGGAACAAGAGAAUCUUACCAAGCCAUGGCUGAAGGCAACUGUUGGUCAAGUCAAAUUGGCCCUGUCCAAUAUAAUCAGACUCCGAAGCCACGAGUCAGUAGAAGUAAGAAAAGCUUUGAACAGUCUCUGUAUUACCCUGUUGGACGAGUGCCACGAGACGCUCUCCGAAGCUGCUUCCAUACUGGUUGAGACUUGCAUGACCCUUACUGGUAUUGAUUUCGAAGGCGAUUCGAGCGAGAGAUCAACAUCUCUCGUAGAUCUCGCAUCUAUAUAUUCGGAUCUAACAGACUUGAUCAAAAUUACGCUUUACAAUUGGGUCACAAGUCUUCCUCGAGUUAUGCAGUCUAAUGACGAGAUGGCCAAACGCGCUGUGUUAGGUCAACUAUCGAAAGCCCACGAGCUACUUGUUGGGCUGAACCUGGAGUCUUCGAUUCUCGAGGACGCACUUGGCGUGUCUCUUCGAGAUAGCAUUACUGUUACUCUCGAAGCUUCGCCUUUACCGAAAGGUGUCCAAGAAGCAGAAUUCGACAUGAAUAGUCAAGCUGCGAUGACACUAGCAGCGGACAAUACUCUUGCAUACCAAUUCCACCCGAUCAUCAUGGGGGAGCAGAGCCAGCUGCAGACUCGAGAUCAGCUCACAGCAUUGAUCGGUAGGCUUGGGACCAGGCAGUCGCAACUAAACAUGGCCAGCGAGAUGCUAGAGUACGCACGAUCCGCAUCUGGACCCAGUCUUCUGUCGGCAUACUGGCUUGCAUCACAGAUUCUUCGCUCCGCAGAAUCGAGCAACAAAGACCUGGACGAGUUCUUGGUGUCAUCACUCACAGACUCAGACGAGCAAGAGUCUAUAAAUGCAGAGCUAUUUUCGUUCUCUCUUUCCCUUCUAGUAGAUACCGACGAUAGAUCUUCAGAUUGGCGCCUUCGAGCCAUUGCUUUAGAAGUUGUGGCAGACGCUUCUCGGCGCAUGAAGACUGGCUUCAAAACCGAGCUGGUAGACACACUGUACCCGGUCGUCCAACUUCUCGGAAAUCCCAACACAAGAUUGCGAGAACACGCCAUAACCAGUCUAAACAUCAUCUCCAAGUCCUGCGGCUACCCCAACGCGAGUGAGCUGAUCGUUGAUAACGUAGAUUACAUGGUUAACGCCAUCUCGCUCCGCCUAAACACCUUCGAUAUCUCCCCUCAGGCACCACAAGUCCUAGUCAUGAUGAUCCGCCUCGCCGGCCCCUCUCUCCUCCCCUACCUUGAUGAUGUUGUAGACUCCAUAUUUGCCGCGCUGGACAAUUUCCACGGGUACCAAGCUCUGGUCGACGUCCUCUUCUCGGUGCUUGGCGAGAUCGUCUCUGUAGGCGCAAUAUCUGGCCAGCUACAAAUCGAAGCCGUACCCUCCCCCAACCACCGCAAAACCCGACCUGCACCACCUUCGAUCGCAGACAUCGUCAAACUCCUCACACGCACACCUAUAUCCACAGAAACUCCGCUCGAGUACGAAGCCGUCCCUCAAAGACCGUGGAAAUCGGCGAAAGACCUUCUCGAUGAAAUACGACCCUUGCCCAAAGACUCCUCCGACCCAGCUCCCGAAGAAGAGGAAGAAGAAGAAGCAAUCCCAGAUCAAGACCAGGAUCAGGAAAUAGCCAAACCACCCCCCACCAAGACAUAUACUAUGCUCCAGCUCAUCUCCCGUCACUGCCAACACCACCUCACCUCCUCGUCGCCCCAUCUGCGCACCAAACUGCUCUCCCUCCUUCGUACGUCCGCACCCGCCCUCGCCUCCGACGAAGAUCUAUUCUUACCUCUCGUAAAUGACGUCUGGCCCGUGCUCAUCACGCGUCUGUACGAUCCCGAGACGUACGUGCAGACCGCAGCAUGCGACACCGUAGCCGAACUCUGCCGCUGCGCGGGCUCCUUCCUCUCGUCCCGCAUCCGGCACGAAUGGCGCGCCCUCACGACGCUCGCCAGAAAUUCCAAAGCCGCAUCCGCAAACGAGAAGGCGAACGCGAAGGCGGGCCGGGGCGCGCACAGCCAGGCCAGCCGGGUCUGGGAGGCAGUCGUGCGGCUCCUGAGCGCCGUGGUGGAGUGCGUCGGGGUCGACGACGAGAUGUUCGACGAGGUGCUCGACGUCCUAGGCACGCUGGCGUGGGAGCGGCACGGCGUGAGGGAGGCGCUGGAGGCGGUUAAUGCCGAUGCAGUGUGGUUGGCGAUGCGGCAGGCGGGUGGGAGGGACGGGACCGAUGUAGAUGUGCUGCCGACCAUGCCGGGGUUUCAGUUUGUGGAGUUGGAGUUAUGA